AGAGAAGGCUGAUGAGAAUUAAAGGCUUGUCUCAAGAGGUGACCUCCAAGGACAUGCUGCGCACUCUCGCUCAGGCUAAGAAGGAAUGCUGGGACAGGUUCCUGCAGGAGAAGUUCGAGUCUGAAUUUUACGUAGAGGGACACGACUCUGAUGAGAGCACGCUGGAACAUCUAAAGCGAUGGCUGCACCCUGAUAAAGUGGCGGUCAGCACCGAGGAGGUGCAGUACCUCAUCCCUCCGGACCCUCAGCCAGAGAAGCAGGAGACCGAGGAGGAACCUCCCACUGCGGAGCAGUGA